CCUUCCAGCAGAUCAUGCGGGAGAUCAAGAUGAAGCGCAGCGCCGCCAACUCGCGCGUCUCCCGCUCCCGGAGGUCGCGGCGCGUGGUGCAGGAGGAGGAGUACACGGACAAGGACCGCGCCGCGGCGGCCAACAUGGGCUCCCGCGACAUCAAGCAGUCGCUGCGGCUGAAGCGCAAGCAGGAGCGCAGCCGCGCGCUGCAGAUACCCGAGGAGGCGCGGCCCGGGGCGCUGCUCGCUCUCGGCAGCCGCGAGAUGCGCCGCGGCAACCUGCGCGCCGCCAUCGGAUUCGUCCACAAGGCGCUGGAGCUGAACCCGCGCGACAAGAACGCGCUGGUGGCGCGCAGCAAGUGCCACCUGCAGAUGGGGGAGCCGCAGCUGGCGCUUCACGACGCAGAGGCCGCGCUGCGCAUCGACAAGAACUUCGUCAAGGCUAUCUUCCAGAAGGCGGAGGCGCUGUACAACACGGGCGACUUCGAGCACAGCCUGAUGUUCUACCACCGUGGACAGCGCCUGCGCCCAGAGCUCGACGCCUUCCGGCUGGGCGUGCAGAAGACGCAGCAGGCCAUCCAGAACACCAUCGAUAUAAACAGUCUGCAGCCGAACGGUGCCAGCAUCAUAGCUGCUGAAGCUGAGGAGGCGGUCUCGUUUCUAAAAACGCGGCAGGAGUUCUGGCGACAACAGUACCCAAUCAGCAUUAACGCAUCGAAACUGAAAACACACAGAAACUAGCCAAUGUUUUCAACAUUCUUAACAUAUCUCUCCUGUGCAAAAGAAACAAAAUUAUUGGAUUACUAAAUGAAUUAACAAAUAAGUCAAAUUUGUCAUACAAUUUUCAUCAAUAAAUUUAAUAUCCAUGUUGAA